UUCAAUUUAUUACAGCUAAGAAAUAUUAUAUUUAUCACACUUGUCUACUGUAACUAUUUCAACAUGGCUGCUAAUUUUGGCAUUCAAGAUAAUGAACACAAUAAUUUGAUGAUGCAAAAGCUUGAUGAUAUGAGGAAAAAAAAGCGACUUUCUGAUUUUACAAUUAAAGUUGGAAAUGAAGAAUUUCCAGUUCAUAAGAAUGUAAUGUCAGCCGGUUCAGAUUAUUUUGAUGCAAUGUUGUCUCAUGAUAAUUUGGAAAGCAACACAGGAAUUGUUGAUAUGAAGGAAGUCGAUGUUGAUUCAGUCAAAAUUUGCAUAGAUUACAUUUACACUGGAAAUGCUUUGAUUACUUUGGAGAAAUGUGAACAACUACUCCAUGUUGCAAAUUUUAUGCAAAUGUCAAGAUUUUCUGAAAUGAUCGCAGAAUUUCUCCAAGCAAAUUUGCUUCCCAAAUCUUUCUUUAUCAUCCGACAACUCGCAUUAAAGUUUAGUUUGAAGGGUUUAGAGGUAGCAUGUGGUGAAUAUGCUGUCGGCCAUCUUGGUUCAAUAGCAGAAGAAGUAGAAUUUAAUCAGUUUGAUAGGAAUUAUGUUGUCUUUUUGCUGACCCAUGAUAUGUCAUCAUAUUCCGAAGAUUCCAAACUUAAGAUUUUGCUACAAUGGAUCAAAUAUGACGCUGAGACUCGAACAGAAUAUUUUAUAGAAAUGGUAAAGAAGCUCAACAUUAGCAAAAUUUCCACCAGUUAUGGUUCAUAUCUAGCUAUGAAUGAUUCUUUUUGCUCAAGUUGUGUCGAAUUUAUGAAAUUAUUGUACUUGGCUGAUAAAUCCCCUCAUAAAAAUCAAGAAGUAGACGUCCCUUCACAUUCACCUCUUGUUCAUGGAGGCAUAUUGCUUUUUGAUGGGAAAUCUGAACAUAUGAAAUUGUACCAACCUAUUAUUAGAAGGUCGACUCAGUUUAAUUAUUGCCUUGAUUUCUUGCCAAAAUACAAGUACACUGCUGUCUAUUUGCAGAAAUUUGUUUUUGUUCUUCUGCCAGGAAAAAAGGUUUAUCGUGUGAAUGUGUGGGAAGCCAAAUCAAGUUGGACUGAGAUGGAGAGUAUGAUGAAUGAUCAUGGACAAUAUAUUAGAGCUGCAGUUCAUAACAAAUUCAUUUAUGUUUGUGGAAAUAAAACAAUGGAGCGAUAUAACGACAAUACAAACAAGUGGAAUAAUGUUGAUUGUUCCAGUAUCAAACCCAAUCGAAGUGCCUUAGUUAGAUUCAGAGAUGAGAUUUAUGUCAUUGGAGGCUUUUAUAGAGGUCAAAAAGUUGACAAAUAUUCUCCAUCUGUAGGAUCUUGGCCAUCUGUGAAAGCAAUGAAUGUUGGCAGACAAACUUCUGCUGCAGCUGUAUAUGAGGAUCGAAUCUAUGUUGCUGGUGGGUAUCUUGACAAUCAUUUUGGUCAAGAUAUAUCAAGUGCUGAAUUCUUCAAUCCAGAUGAUAAUACUUGGACAAAUGUGGCUUCAAUGACAAUUCCAAGAGAUGAAUUUAGUCUUUGUGUUGUCAACAACAACUUGUUUGCUGUUGGAAAUAGAUCUGAGCCUUAUUCUAUUGAAAAGUACAAUCUAGAUAAAAAUCAAUGGGAGAAAGUGACUGAUUUGGCUGAUAAGGAGAUAAUGUCUGCUGCUUCGAUUGCAAUAAGAAUCCCACUGUGCUUAGAAAAAUCAUGUGAUGAAUAUGGUGUUAUCCAUCUUGGAUCAAUAGCAGAAGAAGUAGAAUUCAACAAACUUGAUAAAGAUUAUGUUAUGUUUUUGAUCACCUACAAACGGUCAUCAUAUUCAGAAGAUUCUAAACUGUCGGUUCUUUUACAAUGGAUCAAAGCUGAGAAAGUUUAUCGUGUCAGUGCAUGGGAAGCUCAAUCAACUUGGACUGAGAUGGAGAAUAUGAUGAAAGAGCAUGGACAAUGUAUCAGAGCUGCAGUUCAUAACAACUUCAUUUAUGUUUGUGGGAAGAAAACAAUGGAGCGAUACAACAACAAUGGAAACAAUUGGGAGAAUGUUGCGUGUUCUACUAUCGAACCCGAUGAAAGUGCAUUAGUUACAUUUGGAGAUGAGAUUUAUGUCAUUGGAGGCUAUAAUAGAGGUAAAAGAGUUGAUAAAUAUUCUCCACAUAUAGGAUCUUGGUCAUCUGUGAAACUAAUGAAUGUUGGCAGACGAACUCCUACUGCGGCUGUAUAUGAUGAUCGAAUCUAUGUUGCUGGUGGGUGGAAUGGGUCAUCUUACUUAUCAAGUACUGAAUUCUUCAAUCCAGUUUAUAAUACUUGGACAAAUGUUGCUUCUAUGUCAAUUCCACAAGACAAAUUCGGCCUUUGUGUUGUGAAUAAAAACUUGUUUGCUGUUGAAAUAGAGUUCGAGCCUUAUUCUAUUAAAGAGUAUGAUCCUAAAAAACAAUGGAAGAAUUGGACUGAUAUGGAGAUUAUGACCACCGCUUCAAUUGCAAUAAGAAUCCCAUUGUAUUGGUUUGACUGUCUAUGA